UGAUGGGGUCAUUGACCGACAGUGGGGGUUUCUCCAACCGUUAAAAAAAAUGAGAUUCCAGUGGAAGAAUAGGCCUAUGUGAGACUAGGGCCACAAAAUACUGAGAGCAAUGUGUUGAUAACGCGUAAGAGAAUUUGAAACAGGCGGUCUUGACGUUUUCAUCUUCUCAAUUUCGUAUAAUUCUGUUACCCAAGAAUCUGAGUAACGGUCACUAAUGAUCUUUGAAAUGUUGAUUUGUCUCCAAGGCUUAAAUCGACGUCGGAAUUUUAAUUUUUCUGCCUUCGCCUGUGACUUUCCCGUUGGUAUUGCGAGGUCAAGUUCGUCCAAACGUUUUUCUGUUGCCAUCGCGCAUAUAAGCAAGGAGAUAUAAUCUUUGUGUUUAUUCAUGCACAGACACCGAGGCUCUAAUGUAUCUUCAUAUACACUUUACAACGUUUAAGUGAUUUUUAUUUUGUCUUGUUUUCGAUCUAUGGAUGACUCCUAGAAUUUUAAAUAGGUUUUAUCGUUACUCAUCAAAAUGGCAUUUGGGAUGCAGCGCUGAUCAACCUGAGAAUAAAUGGAGUCGAAUGAAUGAUGGAAUAGGUUAAGGAUAGACUAAGAAUCAUUUAAGGUGUACUUAGUAUAGGUUUUAGAAAUUUACAGCUAGUGUUAUUGUACAAAUAUUGCAUGAAUCGUUCCCUUAGACUAUACGGGAUGAAUAUUGCAUGAAUCGUUCUCUUAGAGACUUAGACCAUAAGGGAUUUGAAUACAGCCGUGGUGGCUAUUGCGCAAGCUCAGUGCUCAGGUCAGAAGUUGGUUGUGUAGUUGAUGCAUAAUAUUCUUGUUUCUUUAGGAGACAAUGAUCAUUGUGGCUGAAGCAGUUGCGCAAGAUAUGCUCGCCGUCCUUGGCAAGGUGCAGUGACGUCUGAACUUCGAGAGAUCGCCCGCUGUAGAUUUCUUUUUGUUGUAGUACCUUUAGACUUACAAUAGCCUAACAUUCAACCUAAUAUUUCUUCCUCUUCGUUUGUUUUAUACUCUCUUUCUGUGUGCGUGAAGGGACGGGGAUAACGUUCGAUUUUGAGAUAUAUCGAUGCAAAUAAGAAAAAAAAUCGAGUAGCCCAAGUGUAUCUGUAAACGAAAAAAUUGCAAAAAAAAACUUAGAUAAAAACCAGGGACACCUCAUCGCUACGUCAUGCUUUCAGGUAAGCUAGUCUAGUUAGCCUUCCCUGUAAGACCGACCUAAGACAGCCAAGCGAGGGAGGAACGGCACUGAAGGGGUGCCACUUAGUCGGCUGUCACGAGGAGGCCCUCCCGCAUUUCCAGUGUGGGAUCUGUCAUCAGCCUUCAGUUACUGAGUAGUAUUCCAAAGAGCCAUCAUGUUGGGGGCUCACUUGGCACGCCUUGGGAGAGCAUCGGCACACCAUGCCGUCCACCCGAAACACUCCUUGACACAAGCCCUGCGGACACUGCUAGUGGCACAUUCCUCCUCUAGUGUAGAAUACCGUCCUAUUAAAUCUGUCCUUGUAGCUAAUAGAGGUGAAAUUGCAAUUCGAGUCUUCCGGGCAUGCACUGAACUUGGCAUUAGAUCCGUUGCAGUGUAUAGUGAGCAAGACAGGAUGCAUAUGCAUAGACAAAAAGCUGAUGAAUCUUACCUUAUUGGAAAAGGACUUACUCCAGUUGAGGCUUAUCUUUGCAUCCCUGAAAUUAUUCGCACAGCAAAGGAAAACAAAGUAGAUGCCAUUCAUCCUGGUUAUGGUUUCUUGUCAGAGAGAUCUGAUUUUGCUCAAGCCUGCUUAGAUAAUGGAAUAAGGUUUAUUGGACCAUCACCAGAGGUUGUUCAGAAGAUGGGAGAUAAAGUUGCAGCAAGACAGACUGCUAUUAAAGCCGGUGUUCAAGUUGUACCUGGAACUGACCAUCCAGUCACAACUGCUCAAGAAGCACAUGAGUUCUGUGUUAAGUAUGGAUUGCCUGUUAUGUUAAAAGCAGCAUAUGGAGGUGGAGGACGAGGUAUGAGAGUUGUGAGAGAAUUAUCGGAAGUUAAAGAAAAUUUCAGCAGAGCAUCAUCAGAGGCAGAAGCUGCUUUUGGAAAUGGGGCCAUGUUUAUUGAAAAGUUCAUUGAAAACCCACGACACAUUGAACUUCAAGUAUUGGGUGACAAAGCUGGCAAUGUUGUUCAUCUGUUUGAACGUGAUUGUUCAGUUCAGAGAAGGCAUCAAAAACUUGUGGAGGUAGCUCCUGCUCCUAAUCUAAAUGCAGAGCUUAGGGCAGCGAUGGCAGCUGAUGCAGUGAAACUUUGCAGAAGUGUAGGCUAUGAGAAUGCUGGAACAGUUGAGUUUUUAUUAGACAAUACUGGUAACUACUAUUUCAUUGAAGUCAAUGCUCGCUUGCAAGUGGAACAUACUGUUACAGAAGAAAUAACAGGCAUUGACUUGGUACAGUCACAAAUUCGUAUUGCUGAAGGUAUGACCCUACCAGAAUUAGGAAUGACUCAGGCUAACAUCACAGCUCAAGGAUGCGCUAUCCAGUGUCGUGUUACAACGGAGGAUCCUGCUAAGGGAUUCCAGCCAGAUACUGGUAGAUUAGAGGUUUUCCGCAGUGGAGAAGGUAUGGGUAUCCGUCUUGACAGCGCUUCAGCCUAUGCAGGAGCAAUUGUUUCCCCUCAUUAUGAUUCCCUUCUAGUCAAGGUUAUCUCCCGAGCAUCUGAUUUACAUGCCUCAGCUGCUAAGAUGAACAGAUCUCUUCGAGAAUUCAGAAUUCGUGGUGUUAAGACGAACAUUCCAUUCUUGCUCAAUGUACUGGAGAACCAGAAAUUCCUUAAUGGUACCAUUGACACUACUUUCAUCGACAAAAACCCCCAGCUCUUCCAGUUUCAGCCUACCCAGAAUCGUGCACAAAAACUUUUGAAUUACCUUGGAAAUGUUUUAGUCAAUGGCCCUCUAACACCUCUUGCAACUGGUUUGAAACCUGCAUCAGUUCAUCCUGUAAUUCCUGAAACUCCAGCAGGUGCCCUUCCUCCUAAGGGAUAUCGUGACAUACUGGUUUCUGAAGGACCAGAGGCAUUUGCUAAAGCUGUCAGGCAGCAUAAGGGUCUCCUGUUAAUGGACACUACUUUCAGAGAUGCCCACCAGUCUCUUUUAGCAACUAGAGUGCGGACUCAUGAUCUUCUCAAGAUUUCACCAUUUGUAGCACACAACUUCAACAACUUAUAUUCUUUGGAAAACUGGGGUGGAGCAACAUUUGAUGUGGCUUUGAGGUUCCUUCAUGAAUGUCCUUGGGAGAGAUUAGAAGCUAUGCGUAAACUUAUUCCCAAUAUACCAUUCCAAAUGCUGCUUAGAGGUGCAAAUGGAGUUGGGUACACCAGUUAUCCAGAUAAUGUUGUUUAUAAAUUCUGCGAAUUGUCUGUAAAAACUGGGAUGGAUAUCUUCAGAGUUUUUGAUUCCCUGAAUUACCUUCCAAAUCUUCUCCUUGGCAUUGAUGCUGUUGGGAGAGCAGGUGGUGUGAUAGAGGCUGCUAUUUCAUAUUCAGGAGACAUCAGUGAUCCAAGCAAAACGAAGUACACCCUUGAUUAUUAUCUUAAGCUUGCAGAGGAACUAGUUAAAGCUGGAACCCACAUUCUGUGUAUUAAGGAUAUGGCAGGGCUCCUAAAACCACAGGCGGCAAAUAUACUCAUUUCUGCAUUACGAGAGCGCUAUCCAGAUUUACCUAUUCACAUACAUACACAUGAUACUUCAGGAGCUGGUGUUGCAUCAAUGCUGGAGUGUGCAAAGGCAGGUGCUGAUGCAGUUGAUGUAGCAGUUGAUUCCAUGUCUGGUAUGACAUCCCAGCCUUCAAUGGGUGCUAUUGUUGCAAGUUUACAGGGUACUGAGCUUGAUACAGGAUUUAACCUAAGCAACAUAAGUGACUAUUCAGCCUACUGGGAACAAGCAAGAACACUGUAUGCACCAUUUGAAUGUGCUGUGACAAUGAAAUCAGGGAAUGCUGAUGUUUAUCAGAAUGAAAUUCCUGGUGGUCAGUACACAAAUCUUCAAUUCCAGGCAUAUUCACUUGGCCUUGGUGACCAGUUUGAAGCUGUGAAGAAAGCAUACAGAGAAGCAAAUCUUCUUCUAGGCGAUUUGAUUAAGGUGACUCCAUCAUCAAAAGUUGUUGGAGAUUUAGCUCAGUUUAUGGUACAAAAUAAGCUAUCAGCGGCAGAUGUGGAAAGUAAAGCUGAAAAUCUUAGUUUCCCAAAAUCUGUGGUUGAAUUCUUACAAGGUUAUCUAGGUGAACCAUACGGCGGAUUUCCUGAACCCCUUCGUUCAAAGGUAUUGAAAGGUCUUCCAACAGUAGAUGGCCGUCCAGGAGCUUCCAUGGCGCCAAUGGAUUUUGAUUCUGUAAAGACAACAUUAGUGGAAGAACAUGGUCCAAGAGUCUCAGAGUAUGAUGUUGCCAGCUACUCUAUGUAUCCUAAGGUAACAGAAGAUUACCUCAGAUUCAAAAAUCAGUAUGGCCCAGUGGACAAGUUGGAUACAAGAAUUUUCUUCACAGGACCUAAGGUUGCAGAGGAAUUUGAAGUUGAAAUUGAAAAAGGAAAAACUUUAAAUAUCAAGACUUUAGCAAUGGCAGAAGAUCUUACUACUACUGGUGAACGGGAAGUAUUCUUUGAACUUAAUGGUCAACUCCGUUCUGUGAUGGUUCGUGACCAGGCUGCUGCAAAAGAAUUGCACAUUCAUCCCAAGGUAACUCCAGGCGUUAAAGGUCAGGUAGGAGCCCCAAUGCCUGGGAAAGUUAUUGAUCUCAAAGUGAAAGAAGGAGAUGAAGUAAAGAAGGGUGCUCCUUUGGUUGUAUUGUCAGCCAUGAAGAUGGAAAUGGUUGUGCAGUGUCCUUGUGAUGGUGUUGUGUCAUCAUUGCUUGUUACUAAAGAUAUGGAAUUAGAAGGUGAUGAUCUCGUACUUGUUAUUGAUCCAAAGUAAUUAUUAUCUUAAUUUUUCCUCAUAGUUGUUUAUAGCAGUGAUGGUCCCAUUGCAGAUUUUAAAGACUUCAGGUAUUUAAUUACACUAGCAAUUUCUGCAAAACAUAAAAAUUCACAGUAAUUUUAAGAAUCUCUCUCUUCAGUGCUUUGAAAGCCAGUGUUCUGCUUCUUUUCCCAGUUGAUAAGUGUACAGUAUGCUCGGUCAACUUUUUUCUGUUUGGACCACGUUUAGAUUAUAAUCCAAUUCCUUCCCAGUCUUUGUUAGUUAACUUUACCAGUUACCAGUACUAUAUCAGCAGGUUCACUUUCAUUUUAGAUAACUAUGUAUGGUAUUCGUUCCUCUAACUAUAUUCUAGAUAUUCUAGCUUCAAUAUUUUACAGAAAAACUUUCUUGCCGAGGAGUAAUUCUGUAUUUUCCAUUUAUUCCUGAAGACUUUAAAGCUUUAUUCCCAUAAGUUUAAUAAUCUUCACCAUGUCUUCCUGACUCUAGAUUAUAAAGGCAUAGUUUUAAAGAUUUGCUAAUUCAAGAAAAGUGGAAAUUUUAUUCAAUGGGUAAUUAAAAUAUGUAUUGUUCAAGUAUUUGACCCACAAAGUUUUUAAAGCUGAUUUUAGUAAUAUUUUUGUUUGUGUGUAUUGUUAGUUUGUUAACUCAGAACUUUUUAUUGUUGGUUUUCUAAAAUGUGUAAAAUUGUUUAAACAUUGAAUUACCCUGUUGUUCUUUUGAAAGUAAUGUAUUUGUUUUGUACAGGUUGCCAGUAAUCUUUAGAAACUGUCUUAUGAUGGGAUUUAGUAAAUGACGAUGAUGGUAGUCUAUGGCCUAUUUUGAAAUGAGUGCUUCCUCUUUGUAACUUUUGUGAUAUGCAUAUGGGAGGCAGUCUUAGUAUUUUUGCAGUUUUGUGAAUAUUUUAGGUAUACAGUAUUUAGAUUUAUGUAAGUUUAGUUGCUCUUGUAACGAGUAUGUCUGCUGCCUGUGAUGGAGGCAACAAACAGCAGUUUAACGCGCUCUCUUUGACUUUUAACUUUUUUUUAUACAUUACUACAUAUUAAUGUACUAUGUAUGGUAUUAAAUGCUUUUCAAUGCAAGUGUAUAUGAAUAAGAUGUCAGUCUUGUGAACAUCUUUGCUGGUAUGUAUGAGGGAAAACUUAUUUAACAAUUUUUUUUCUUGAAUUUGAGUUCUAGUAAUUUUAUUAAUUAUAACAUAUUUUCCAAAUUAAAACCUUAAAAUUAUGCUGCAUCCUUUACUUUGCCAGAGAGUUCUUUUGUGAAUAAUUAUAUUAAUUACAUAGAAAAAGUAUGAAAACCCCUACUGAAUGGAGAUUAUUCAUAAAAAUAUACAAUAAGAGAUUACAGGAAUAUGAUGAAACGUUAGAGCCUUAGUCUGAUCUUCCAUAUACUAAUAUAAAGUUAGACUAUUGUAAUGUAUGCGCUAGUUAAAUUGCUUUAAUGGUUACUACAUUCCAUUAUCUCAGAAUAAUUGAAAGUCCACAUUAAUUUGGAGGAUGUGAAUUUCCUUUUUUUUCACUUCAUAUAUUGUGUUGUAACAAAAUGUAUGUUAAUAAAUUAUGGCUGUAGGAUUCCAGAUGAAUUUUAUUUUCUACAGUUGCUAUUUUUAUUUAAUAUUUAAUGGUAGAAGUUCCACCUGUAAGUAGAGAAAUGAGUUGACAGAAAUUAAUUUUCUCCUUUCAUAUUAAAAAAAUUAUAAAAAUAUGUAGAUUUUGGUAAUGAACACCAUUUAAGAUUUCUAGUAGCACAUCAUUCUGAUGAUGAUGAUAAAUUUUAUUUCAUUACUAAUAGUUUUUGUCUAAUUGUCUAAAAGACAUUGUCCUUUUGGUUUUCUGCUUUUGUUAUUACCAAAUACCAAAAUGUAUAGCCAAUGUUGCAGUCAGUUUUUUUAGGUAAUUGGAAAUGUAUUCAUCUUUAUGCCCUAGGUUAUGAAUGUACUCAACUUGAAUUUAUUUUUUUAAUGUGGACUGAUGGAAAUAUGUGAAUGAAAAUAUUUGGUAACAUCAUCCUCCAAAUUUCUGUUGCAACAUGGUCAGCUUUAGCAGAAUAGGCUUAAUCAUUUCAUACUAGGAAACUGAAAUGUUUGUCUCCUGGGAAAACAGUGUUUACAAACUGAUUUAGCAAAAACCCUGGGUGAUUACCAUUUUAUGGUUUAGUUAUAAUUCAUGUUGACUCAAAUAAGCAGAUAUGUCUUUCUAUAUUUUGUUGCCCAGAAAUUGUACUAUAGAGAUAUGAUAUAGAUAUAUUGUAACAUGCAUAUGUGUAAAUAUAGAUUUCUUUAUAUAAAAAGGAUAUUUAAUGGCAACCCACUGUAUGAAAGUAUCAGUAACUCGUAACUUUAGUAAUAAGGUUUAUUUGUGAUAAACAUCAUUAAGUGUACUUACUUUGUCAAUAGAUUAUGCUUUACUUUAUGAUUACAUGAGAAACAACAAAAAUAGUAUAACAUUA